AUGUCGGAUGACGAGGACCAGCAUUAUUAUGCGUCCUCCCAACAUUCUUCACCACCCGUAAAGCAGAAGAAGGUUGACAGAAGCUGUGAUUUGUGUCGCAAGAGAAAGAGUGAGUGCGACGGGCCCAAGACCGAAGGUGUACCGAACGCCAGUUGUGCCCAUUGUGUUUCUUUCGGCUCCCCAUGCACCUAUCUACUCCCAACGAAGAAACGUGGACCCAAGAACAAACAAGUUGAGGAACUCAAGCGCCAGGUUGCGGUUCUUGAAUCCAAACUGCGCACUUUGUCAAUAUGCUCUUUAUGCUCUCAACCACUCCGAAAUGAUGGAUCGGUCUUCCAACACGGAACCCCGAGCAGUGACUCUACUGCGUCAGAUGAUGUGAAGGAAGAGGCAGACGAUGAGGAAGCUGAGGAGCUAGCGUCCGAGCUAAAUCGAAUAGCGGUCGACUCAAAAUUCUUUGGAGCAAACAGUGGUUUCGCGUUGGCGAAUGAGGCAAUUGCAGCCAAGGAACGAGUCACUGGGCAGGUGAGCCCCGAUACAGCACGACGGCUAUUGUUUUGGCAAGUUCUCCCAUGGGAAAAAGAAGUCUACGAACAGCAAAUUCAGUUCGUGUAUCCUGAACCCAAUCUACUCUACGACCUACUCCAACUAUACUUUGCCUACGUCCACCCUACUCUUCCUAUACUUCACCGCCCAUCAUUUGAAAGAUCCGUGUCUGAGGGUUUGCAUCACAAGGAUCCACAAUUUGGGGCGAUGCUCUUAGCAGUAUUAGCAGUUGCCUCGCGAUUCUCUGACGAUCCACGAGUCUUCGUUGAUGGCCAGUCCACGCUUUCAUCGGGCUGGCGAUUCAUAGCGCAAAUACCUGUGGUCAGAAAGUUCUUCGAACCCAACAUCUAUGAAGUCAUCUUCUACUUCCUAAUGAGUCUCUAUUCAAUUGGAACAUCGAGGCCCCAGGCGUCGUGGAUCUACCUUGGCAACGGCAUCCGUUUCCUACAACAACGGGGUGAACAUCGUCGCAAACGUGAAGCAGAAACCGACAAGGACAAGGAGAUCUGGUGUCGCGCAUUCUGGUCAUUUGUACUGCUUGAUAGGAUGAUAUGCGCCUACAUCGGAAGACCUGCAGGUUUACAUGUCGAAGAUUAUGAUGCCGAUCCCAUGCUCCAAGUUGACGAUGAGUAUUGGGACACCGGCUUCAAACAGCCACCAGAUCGUCCCGCAUAUAGCGCCUUUUUUAUCUGCUAUGUUCAGUUGUCCGAAAUUCUCGGCGACGCCAUGCGACAAUUAUACGGAUCUAAAAAGUCGAAAACGCUCCAAGGUUGGAAUGGUAAAGAUUGGGAAGCGCGGGCCGUGUCCAAUCUUGAUUCCCGCAUGAAUUCAAUAUUUGACUCACUACCCCCACAUCUCCGUUGGGAUCCCGAUAGGAAACCGCGGGAUGCCUUUUUCGACCAGUCGUUCGUGCUCUAUGUCACUUACUACUACACUCAAAUAGUGGUACAUCGACCGUAUAUUCAAAAAAUGAGCGCGGUCGCUGCCCCUUCACUUUCAAUUUGCGCUCGUGCAGCCCGGUCAAUUUUACAUGCCACAGACGCAUGGUUCAAAAUCCAGAGACGACUUCCAAUGCAAUUCUGCGUGUCUCCGGUAUUCGUAUCCUCUGUUAUUUUGAUCAUGAACACUUUCGGGAAGCGUCCUGGACCGUCAGUGGACAAGGACAAGGCACUGGUCGCAAAGGCCAUGGAGCUGAUCAAGUUUGCAGAGGCCCGACUACACCCUCAAGGACGCUUAUGGGAACUGCUCAACCGGUUACAGUCUGUUGACGGGCCUCUAUCAAAGCAACGAGUCAACAUUGCUGGUGCCGCUCCUUCUCCAUCUUACAAGGUCCCCCCACGCCCUUCUCCUUCGCAUUCCCCACCAUAUAUCCACGCGCACGCCAACUAUGGGGAGAUGGCUCAGCAUAUACCAGCAGCACCAUUAGCUACUGUGUCCAGCGAGAUGUACCCAUCUCCACUUGCCAGUGAAGGCCAGCCUUCUCAAGCUGCGAAGGUAUCACGACCAACGCCGCCGCCACCACCACCACCACCUCAGAGAUGGCAUGAAAGCGCGAACCCAAGCUUGAAUGCGGGAAGCCAUUUAUCAUAUCCUCUCGCUGAUUCGCCCCCGAACCCCAGCAUGGUCGAUUUUCAUCAGUCGUACUCGUAUCAUCACCUCCAACCAGGCAUGUCCAUUGAAGAGUUGCUCGCGCAGACAGCGCAAAUGGACAACGUUGUGGCGCCAGUUGGGAACCCCUAUAUCCAACAAAUGCAUGCUGUCUAUGUCCAGGAGGACGAUAUGGCCAUCGAGGAGGCUGAUUUCCAUAUGUGGCAAAGUAUACCCGACAACGUCGCUGACGUUGCCCAGUGGGGGAUGUACAUGCAGCGGAAUUCCAGUGCGAGUCCCCCUAGCUUUGUCCGAUCUUAUUAG